AUGAUUGAGCGUGAUUGCCUGAUUAGCUCACACAAUACUACCUCCGAUCCCACUAAAGAGCGUUCUCACUGUAGACUAAUUCCUAAAAUGUACAUAAUUAUUCAUGGAGUGGACUGGAAUCUUAAAUUCUUUGGAUUCCGGCCCGAGCUGGUAUAUUAUCCUAAUCCUUGCUGUGUAGACUGCGGUAAAAAGGCGCCCUCUGGCUUCCUGGGGAUGCGGGGGAAAAAGAGCGACGAGCAGGUCUUCGCCGGGAACGAGGUGGACAGCGAGCUCGAGAGCCUCCUUAAGCGAGCUCCUUCAGGAUUCCUCGGGAUGAGGGGAAAGAAGGCUCCUUCCGGGUUCCUUGGCAUGCGGGGCAAGAAAGCUCCCUCCGGCUUCCUGGGCAUGAGAGGCAAGAAGAUGUAUAGGAUGAGGCGAUGUGGACGCUUAUCGCCGCCCUCGUGUGAGCAGCAGCAGCAGAAGCGCGCCCUCGUCGGAUUCCUCGGGAUGCGGGGCAAGAAGGCGGACUACGACGAGGACUUCGAGGACACAUGGGCGUCCCCGGCUUUCGAGAAGAGAGCUCCUGCGGUGUUCCUGGAUGAGGGCUGA